UAAGCAAUAUUAGGGAUUAUUUUUGUAUUUUUCUCCACAAAUUUAUGAGUAUUUCAUAUUACACCUCUGAGUCUGUCACUGACCUCGUCUUCUCCGUUUAAAUAUUUUGAUAAAAAAAAAUGCAAGCAAGAUCAAUCAUUCCACAGAUUCUAUAAACAUCAUUUAUUUACACACAACUUGAAUCAGUUAAAUCAACACAGAAAUCCUAUUAUAUAGAUGAAACAGGAACCUCAAAGAACAACAACAUGAUGCCACUGAAGAACACCAAUUCAUCCUGCAGUAUCCCUUCUCUCUUCGUCUCUCUCUCUAUACUCUGCAUUUUACCACUUUCCCUCUUCUUUUUCCACUCCUCUCCAACCCCAAUUAACCCAAAUUUCAACUUUCAAGAAUCUCGUAAUUCCAUCAAAGUUUACAUAGCAGAUCUUCCAAGAUCCCUCAACUAUGGAUUACUUGAAAAGUACUGGGCUUUAGAUUCUGAUUCAAGAAUUGGGAGUGAAGUAGAUAAUGAAAUAAGAAAGACCCAUAUGGGCAAAAGUUCUCAAAACUUACUUCCUUAUCCAGAAAACCCAAUAAUCAAACAGUACAGUGCUGAGUAUUGGAUCUUGGGUGAUUUGAUGACACCAGAAAAUUUAAAGUUUGGAUCUUUUGCUAAAAGGGUGUUUAGUGCUGAGGAAGCUGAUGUGAUUUUUGUUCCCUUUUUUGCUACAUUGAGUGCUGAGAUGCAACUGAUUGUAAAUAAGGGUGUGUUUAGAAAGAAGGAGAGGAAUGAGGAUUAUGAGAGACAAAGAAUGGCGUUGGAUUUUGUGAAGCAAACUGAAGCUUGGAAACGAUCUGGUGGACGUGAUCAUGUGUUUGUUAUUACUGACCCUGUUGCAAUGUGGCAUGUGAAGGCUGAGGUUGCUUCAGCAGUUCUUCUGGUGGUAGAUUUUGGUGGGUGGUACAAGCUUGACUCGAAAGCGUCUAAUGAGAGUUCAUCUGACAUGAUACAUCACACCCAAGUUUCGCUGCUGAAGGAUGUAAUCGUGCCUUAUACGCAUCUACUUCCUCGUUUGCCUUUAUCUGAAAACAAGAAAAGAGAAACCCUUCUCUAUUUCAAAGGAGCUAAACAUAGGCAUCGGGGAGGCAUCGUUCGAGAAAAGCUUUGGGACUUGCUAAUAAAUGAACCCGGGGUAGUGAUGGAGGAAGGCUUUCCAAAUGCUACUGGGAAGGAGCAGUCUAUAAAGGGUAUGAGGACUUCAGAGUUCUGCUUGCACCCGGCAGGGGACACACCAACCUCGUGCCGACUUUUUGAUGCCAUUCAAAGUCUUUGUAUUCCCGUCAUUGUUAGUGACAACAUUGAGCUCCCAUUUGAAGGGAUGGUGGAUUAUUCAGAAUUUUCGCUGUUUGUAGCAGUUAGUGAUGCACUUCAGCCAAGUUGGCUCGUGAACCAUCUUAGGAGCUACUCUGACGAGCAAAAGGAUAGGUUUCGGCAUAAAAUGGCUCAGGUGCAGCCUAUUUUCGAGUAUGAAAAUGGUCAACUGGGUGGUAUCGGUCCUAUACAUCCAAAUGGUGCUAUAAAUAACAUAUGGAGAAAGGUUCACCAAAAACUGGCCAUGAUUAAAGAAGCUGUUAUCCGCGAGAAGAGGAAACCUCCCGGUAUCUCAGUUCCUCUUCGUUGCCAUUGUACUUGAUAAGUUUUUUUUUUUUUUU